AAGCAAGCCCCCUAACCCCGCUGCCCGCAUUCCCAGAUUCUCAUUAUAGGCAUCAAAGAAAGUGUAAACAUAAAACAAUUACUAUUUGUGAUUGUGAAAGCGAACCGAGUUAACUGUUAACGAUUUAACCUGCCACUUGGAAGCUAUAAAGCGGUCUGUAGAAAAUUUUGUACUUUAUUUCUUCUUGCCCAAAAUAAAAACAUUCUAUUUAUCUCAUUCACGUAUUUGACAAACAUUAUUAAGAUAUGGCCACUUUGGAAGAUAAAAUUCUUGGUGAAAAACUGCAUAAUUAUUGCAGUAGUAGUGAAGAUGAAGGUUCGGAAGACGAAGGUAAUGCAAGUGGAGACGAGGAUAAAGCAAUAAAGACAUCUGCUACAGCUGCGGAGCCUCCUCCAGUUAAUAGUUGGACUGGUUCUGCUAGCAACACAGGCCCUAAAGGGGUGUUAGAGGAUUGGCGUAGAUUCAAACAGUUAGAAGCUGAAAACCGAAAGGAGCUAGAAAAAGAACGCAUAGCACUGGCUAAGAAGCUUACAUUAUCUGUUAAAACACAGAGAGAAGAAGAGAAAGAAAAAGAAAUAGAUGAAAUUGAAGAUGAAUUGAAUGAGCUUAUUGAUGAAGGAUUUCUCAUGAAGUAUCAACAGCAAAGAAUGCAAGAACUUAUGGCUCAACUUCAAAAGGCACCUAAGUUUGGGUCUGUACAAACACUGAACAGCCAAGAUGAAUUUUUGAACUCUAUAGAUAAAGAAGACCCUAAAGUUGCUGUCAUUAUACACAUCUACAGCAAUAAAAACAGAGCAUGUGAGACAAUGGAUGGGUGUUUGAACAUCCUAGCUUCAGAUUAUCCAGCGAUAAAGUUCUGCCGUAUUGCAGCUGAUAUAACAGGCUUAAGUCGACAUUUCAGAGUUGAUGGAGUUCCAGCGCUUUUGGUAUACAAGGCUGGACAAAUAAUAGGAAACUUUGUUCAGUUAGCUACUGAAUUGGGGAAUGAUUUCUUUGCUCCAGAUGUUGAGAAAUUUCUUAUAGAAUAUGGUAUGCUGCCUGAAAAGUAGACAUUAGUUAUAGACAUAGUAUAAAUGUGCUCUUAAUAGAUGCAAACUUUUGUGUAAGUGAAAAGUAGUUUACUUUUCCUAUGAGUGUGAUAGAUGUAAGGAAUGUGUUAAUACAUUGUUUUUUUUUAUUUACUCAUCUAAGCAAAUUUAUCUUUUUUUUAUUAUUAUUUUGGAUGUAUUUUAAAGGUUUAAAUUUUGUACUGAAUAACGAUAUUAUGUGUUCAAAAAUGCAUGUAUUAUGAA